AUGAGUAUGAAGAACAUAAGAAGGUCAAACAAUUUAGAGUUUUUUUUUACUUUGGAGAGGAUUGAUGAGUUGAAGAAAGACUUGAAGGUAAUGAAAGACACUGUAGAUGCUGAUAAGAAAGUGAUUGAUGUAUUGAAGAAAAAGUUGAAGGUAAUGGAAGAUACUGUAGAUGCUGGGAAGAAAGGGAUUGAGGAGUUGAAGUUCAAGGUGAUGAGUUCUAUUAAAGCAGCAUAUCUGAUCUCCAAGUAUUUCUCAGCAGCUUUAUCAGUACCUUGGGUGAAGAAGAAUGAGGAGAUUGCAAGAGAUAUGAUCUUCAAACUCAUUCCACAGGAGCCCCAUUUCAAACCCUUGGAAAAGUUCCCCACUAGUCUUAAAGGUUUCAGGGUAGUCUUGGAUUUGGAGUUUGUUAAUCUUUAUCAGAAGCUUUCUGUUGAAACAGUGAGGCAUGUUGAGUUCUUUGAUCAUGUAGAGGAAUACUCUUCUCAACUCACUUUUCUUGAAGAGCAUGGGUAUGAUGUGGGUAAGCUUCAUGACAGGCUUGAUGAGUUGAAGAAAGACUUGAAGGUAAUUGAAGAUACUGUAGAUGCUGAUAAGAAAGUGAUUGAUAUGUUGAAAAAAAAGUUGAAGGUGAUGGAAGAUACUGUAGAUACUGGGAAGAAAGAGAUUGAGGAGUUGAAGUUCAAGGUGAUGAAUUCUAUUAAAGCAACAUAUUUGAUCUCCAAGUAUUUCUCAGCAGCUUUAUCAGCACCUUGGGUGAAGAAGGAGGGGGAGAUUCAGGAGAACUAA